UCUUUAAUGAUUAGUUAUUAAUGAUUGGUUAUUAAUGAUUAGUUAUUAAUGAUUGGUUAUUAAUGGUGGUUAGUAGGUCUUACUAAAUGAAAGUGUGUCACAGUUUGUGUUUCAGUUCAUGUAUAAAUAUUCAGAUUUCAGGCAGCUGAAGAAGAUAAAGAGCUGAUUUCUACACAAACUGACUGCUUUUGUGUUUUUCAUGUUUCACUUGAACCUCUGCAGACUAACAGCUGGACUCUCAGUCCGACCCGGAUCCUCCAGCUGAGUCCAGGUUCUGUCAGGGUCAGUCGUGAUUCUGCGGAGCUGAUCCCAGUCCAGCUCUGAUGAAACGUCUCUGUGUGUGAGGAGAAAGAAAACAAGAUGUCGUUUGAAUUGUAGAUUUGGACCAACUGACGCUCGGCGGCCGCAGGCGGAGCCGGGUUGGACUGGUACCGAGACCGGACGUGCCCUGAAUCUGACAGAUCAGGCACCAGCGCGGACGGGACCAGUUCUUUUAUUUCCGUGAAGACAUGUGGAGGUGAAGACUGCGGACAGAGAGGAGGAAGGUCUGAUUCUGCAGGGACUCUCCGCCUCCUCCUUCCCCGCGCAGGGAGCGCGCCGCGGUUGCGGGAGACGCGUGACGCGCCCGAACCGCAUCUCCAGGAUGGCAGGUCCUCCUGACGGGCCCUCGGCUCUCUGUAUCGGGAUCAGACUGGCGGCCCUUUGAGGACGAUGGACCCUGUGAUCCCGCCGGGCUCCGGCUUCAGGACCAGGACCAGGAUGGACCCCAGAACCUCAGAGUGCAGACGUACACUCGGUGUGAUCCUGCUGGUGGCCGGCACACUGGUUUCCAUGGUGACAUCAAGCUCACCUGCUGCAGGUGUGCUGGACUUCAACAGGACGGCAGAGUCUCCGUCACGUCCUUCAUCACCAUCAUCACCCUCCUUCUCUCCUCCCAGACCCCCAGCCCCCAGCCCGCCCUCAGACUCUGGUUACCACGGUAACAGUGGUGGCGCAGGCUCAGCGGAGGACUCAGACUCUGGUGCUCAGGGGAUCCACCUCUUGCUGAGACCUCCAGACCUCUUGUCCCCUAGCCUCCCACCGCCCCUCCCACACACCCAGCCCACCCUCACCCCUCCCCCCCCCUGGGAGCAGGGCCCCUCCUUGGAGGAGGCCUGGGGCUCCGGAGACUACCUGGAGACUCUGUCCUUCAUGGUGCCCGAAGGCGAGGAGCUGGCCCUGGCCACACCGCUGCUCAACCAUCCCUACGACGAGGACGCCGGGGGGGACUGGGUCUCCUAUGACACUGCCUUCCUUGCCCGUCCCACCCUUCCCCUCUCCUCCCACCUACCCCUCUCCUCCCACCUACCCCUCUCACCCUCCUCCUCCACCCCCAGCAUCCCCCUGCACACUCGACCCACCCAUCCGGAUGUCUUCCCCGCCUGGGACGAGGACUAUGACCUGGAGGACAUGAUGCCUCUGGAGCCGACGGAGCUGCUGCUGCCGGACAUGAACAGUCUCGAGUACUACACCAACCUACUGGCCCGGGAGAGGGAGAGAGAGAGGGAGAGAGAGAGAGAGAGGGAGAGAGAGAGGGAGAGGGAGAGAGAGAGGGAGAGAGAGAGGGAGAGAGACAGGGAGAGAGACAGGGAGAGAGACCAGGACCGGGUCAACCUGUCUGACUCAAAACCCCCCAUCACUCCCACAACAACCCAAACCCACCGUUCCCCUCCAUCUCCGUCCCCGAGCUCCGGUCCCCCUCCUCCAGGAGGGGAGCCAAAACAUCCCCUGGCGGGGCCCACCCCUCCUCUCACCCUCUCACCUACUGUCACAGGUGAAGAUAAGUUAACCACCAUCAAAACUCCUUCCACCCCUUCUUUUGCUCCAAAACCCAAAGACCAUGCCCCAGCCCCAGACAGACACCCUCCUCGUCCCCCUUCCAACACCACUGGCCGGGUGCCUCCCCCUCCCCCGCUGGGACCGCCCACUCGCCCCGACAGACCGGAGAGACCUCCAGUGAUCAUAGAGAAGCCAGCGAAGGCUCCACCCACCAGGACCACCACCACAACCAAGGUGACGACUACGACCUCUGCCAUCACCACCACCCAGAUCACAGCCAUCAGCCUGACCAGAGCCCCCCCGGUCACUACGCCCAGAGUGGCCCAGACCCCGCCCACCAGACAGUACCUGUGUAAUGUCACCAAACCGGAGAUGUACCUGGUCAGAGUAGUCAGUUCGAAAGGUUCGUCGGCAGGUUUCACUCAGGUCAGAGACCUUCUGAAGAGAGAGUUCAACCGCUCAGUGGAGCUCCAGUUCCUGAGAACUCCGUCCAGUUUUGCCUUCCGUGUUGUGUCAGGACCGUUGAUCUUCACCGCCAUGUCCGUCAUCAACGCUCUCCGCCAACCGCCACGCAGCUCCGGCCCCGUUCCCACCGUGUCAUCGCUCUACACCAUACCUGACCUCAGGUACCAGGUCCACUCUGUGCUGCAGUUUGUCCCCGCCCACGUCGACGUCAGGGUCUGUAACUUCAGCGAACGGGUCGAGAAAGGGCUGAUGAUGGCGUACGCCGAGACACGGAGACGAUCACACGAGGCAGGAAACAUCACUGUACAGCUGCUGAACAUCACCAUGGGCGUGACCCGGCAGGCGGCGGAGCACAAGGUUUCCGUUGACAUCACCUUUGCUGUGCGUGAUGGACGGGACUACCUGCCGGGGUCAGAGGUCAGCGAACACCUGAGGAAGCUCAGCCUGGUCGAGUUCAGCUUCUACAUCGGAUUUCCUGCCCUGCAGAUCGCAGAACCUUUCCACUACCCUGAGCUGAACAUGUCUCACCACCUGCGCUCCACCUGGGUCCGUACAGUGCUGCUGGGAGUUCAGGAGCAGCUGGUGGCUGAGAGAAGUUUUAAAGCUCGUCUGGAGAGACGUCUGGCUCUGCUGCUGGAGGAGGGACUGCAGGGAUCCAGCAGGAGGCGCUGGAGGAGAGCUACAGCUGUGGGCAACAACAGUCUGCAGGUGGUGCGGGUGGCGAGGCUGUCGGGGGCGGAGCGCCCCCUGGAGGUCUUUUAUUUCGUGGAGGGUCCGGGUGGUGAGCGGAUACCAGCCGAGGCGACGGCGGCCACCCUGAACCGUCUGGACCUUCAGAGAGCCGCCAUUGUCCUCGGACACCGAGUCCAGAGACCGCUCGCCCAGCCCGUGGAGACUCUGUCCGUCCCUCCAGCAGAGACUCAGAGCAGCAGUAUCUGGCUGAUCGUCGGCGUGGUCGUCCCUGUCCUGCUGGCCGUCUUCAUCAUCAUCAUCCUCUACUGGAAGCUUUGUGGCUCAGAGAAGCUCGAGUUCCAGCCGGACGCCAUUAACACCAUCCAGCAGAGGCAGAAGCUUCAGGCUCCCAGUGUGAAAGGCUUCGACUUUGCGAAGCUCCACCUCGGUCAGCACAGUAAAGACGACAUCAUGGUGAUCCAGGAGCCUGGUCCGCUGCCCGCCCCCAUCAAAGAGGCCACGCCGUCCGACGGGGGAGACCUCAACACCCCCAAAUCUAAAGGAUCGUCCACCAAGGCAGCCCGGUCCAGCCGCCGCAGGGGCAGGCUCAGCCCGUCAGACGGCGACUCGUUAGGCAGCGACCAAUCGAGCGGCAGAGAAUCAGCAGAAGAAAGCACCCGACCUGUGGCCACGCCCUGUGAGGGGAAACAGCACAGGAAGACGCCCAAAAAUGGGAGGAGCAAGAUGGGCAGCGGUCCAGACGAGCUUCUCUCCUCGUCCUCCAUCUUCGACCACGUCGACCGUCUGUCUCGCGGCUCGUCUGAUGGCAUGCGUCGCCAGGCCAACAAGGUGCAGCUGAUCGCCAUGCAGCCACGACCAAGCCCGCCACACGCCCAGUCCCAACCGAGCCCCACCCUCACCGAAAAGGUCAACACAGAGGUGGCGCUGAGACACAAGUCAGAGAUCGAGCAUCACAGGAACAAACUUCGGCAGCGUGCUAAGAGGCGUGGUCAGUGUGAGUUUCCAUCCAUGGACGACAUCAUGGACGCAUUCGGAGAUGGACCAGUGCAGGGCGACGUGGCGCAGCGUCUCUAUAGCUCCGCUCAUGACCACAUGGACUGCAUCCUGCAGGCCGAUGCCAACUCACCCCCCACCCCCACCGACUCCAGGAGGAGAGGGAGGCGCUCUCCUCGGGGUCGGCGGGCUCAGCCAGGACCUGGAAGUCUUCCUGAUACAGACAGAGACCGGCUACUCACCGAACAGAGCGCCACCUACAGGAAAUACCCAGGACUCAACAACGUGGCCUACAUGUCGGAUCCUGACCUGCCCCCAGACCACGGCAGCCCGUCUCCUACCGACGAGGUGUUUGACCCGGCCCCGGCCCCACCCCCCUACAUGCCCCCCCAGCCCUCCAUUGAGGAGGCACGGCAGCAGAUGCACUCCCUCCUGGAUGAUGCCUUCGCCCUGGUGUCGCCGUCCUCGCAGGGCAGCGCCGGGGUGAGCGGGGUAAGCCCUGCUCUGCCCAGCCCCUCCCCCCAGGCCCGCCCCCCAGGCAGGCAGUGGGGCUCUUACCCAGCAGCCCCUUCUCACAGCCCCUUUUCUGCAAGAUACGCAGAACUGGGAAUGUCUCCCACAUCAGUUCAGGGCCUGCUGCAGAGACAGGGCCUCAGCUCAGGAGGGUAUGUUUCUACUGGAGACCAGCUGCAGGAGUCGGUUUACUCCAGCAGGGGGCAGUACGAGGACCCCCCCUCCUCGUCCAGACCGCGACCUGUAGGAGGCAGCACAGGUGCGCAGCUCCACCACUUGACCCAGGUGGGUUUGUCCAGUCAGAUUGGUGCAUACCCUGGGGUGGGUCGCAGCAUGUCUGGUCCCACUGGCUCCAGCUGGAAUCAGCAGCACUCAGACCAGGACCUGUCCAGACCAGGAGUCAGCAGAGAGAGUGUGCUGUCGUUUCCUGAGUUCUCCUCUUCCUCUGUUUUCCAGAUGCCCAGCUCCUCGUUGCGGGACCCAUCGGCUCCACCUCUUCUCCUGACCUCACCGACUCCAGAGUACCCGCCUGAGGAUGCCUCACCCUCUGCCCACACCUCCGCCUCCCUUAUAAAGGCUAUCAGAGAGGAGCUGCGACGUCUAGCCCAGAAACAGGUUGCAGUAACCAGCUACCCUUAGACUGGUCUGGACCUGUUUGGAUCAGGACUCAACUGGUUUCAACCGUUAUUGUUUUAAACCACUCAGAGGCUGUAAGGACUGGAUUGAAACCAUAAAACUGACUGAUCUACACUCUCACUGCUAAAUCCAAAAUAACUCUGGACCAUGAUCUAUGUCUGGGGAAAAAAAGGACAGUGGUGUUAAAGACCUUCGGUACUUUACAGGGUCCCGUCUGUGUGUCCAUCAUCCAUCAGCUCAGUGUUUAUUGGAUGGGAGUUUGACUCUUCAUGUUUCCAUUGAAGUGCUUCCUGAAGUGGAUCAGUUGAUCAUCAUCUUCCUUCCUGAACUUCUGGAGCGACAAUUCAUUCCUGAAAUUCUGGAUUGGAUUCUCCCCCCUGAUCGCCUAGAGUGGAAUGUCCUUCCCGACCGUAUGGAGUGGAUGGUUCCUUCAGACAUUCUUGAGCUGAUGGUCCCUCCUGAUCUUCUAGACUGGAUCAUCCCCCCUGACCUUCUGGAGUGGCAAUUUAUUCCUGAACUUCUGGAGUGGAUCAGCGCUCCUUAACUUCCAGAGUGGAUGAUCCUUCUUGGAGUUCUGGAGUGAAAGGUCCUUCCUGACCUUCUGGAGCAGAUCGUCCAAGAAGAUUCUGAUCCUCUGAGGUUUCGGCUCUCCUAGAGUCCUGGAACGGAUCAUCCUUCCUGGAGUUCUGGAUUGGAGUAUUCCUCUUGAACUUCUAGAGCAGAUUCUGGAGUCGAUUGUCCCUCCUGAAGUUCUGAAGUGGAUUGUCCCUCUGGACCUUCUGUGGUGCUAACCGUCAGCCUCAUACCAUCUCCUCAUUGACCACUUAUUGCCUUCCACACUCCCAUCAGCCACAGGGAUUAGGUCUCCGUUCAUAAACCAUAUCAAUGAGGUCUUUGCACUGUCGACAGCUGGAGGUGGCGUACAGUUCCUACAGCAAGGGGACGCAAAAUAGGAAAAAAAGUAUAUAUAAAUAUCUAUAAGAAUGAAUAUAAAUAUCUGUAAAGAGAUAGAAUACCAAUGAGCACAAUAUCAAUGUAAGAGUAAUUAUUGGAGUAUUGAGAUGUUACUUAUUUUUUAUUGCUUAUAUAUGAAAGUAUACUUUAAAUCCUUUAUUUUGAUCAAAAAAAGACCAAACUACUGUUCUAUGGUUAUAUUCCUCUUGUGUUUGAGCUCGCUGUAGAUUUUGAGCCGGCGCUUGUUUCUCUGUGGAGACGUUGCUUAGCGUAGCUGCUCGCUCGUGUGUUCAUGUAUCGUGGCAAUGAAAAAAAAAUGACGCUAAUGCAUCACUUUGAUAUAAAGUUUUUCAUCGCUGAUUUGUUGCAUCCAUCAAUUUGUGGGCAGAACGCUAUAGAUGAGUUUAUUAUAUGGGUAAAAAGUGUUUCUGUACAGGGGCAGAGAUAGGAAGCCAGUCAUUCAUCACAACCAGAAACUAAAGCUAAAGCUAAAAGCAGACACAUCAGCUCCCCCUGGAGGCUGUAAUGUUCAUUGCUCCCAAGAAAACAGAUUCUUACCACUAAUUGUACGUCAUCAGUGUAGCUGCGGUAGGAGAUGCCCUUCAACUAUUUCUUAUCUGCCUAAGAGGCAGCAAGGCAAACAAAAUAGGACCCAGGACAGAACCUUGGGGCACACCACAACACAGAGUUGCAGAUGAGAAAUUACAACUAUUAACAGUGGCUGCCUCAUUAGCGUGUCCGAGGCUGUUAUGUUCAUUACCAUUCUUUAUUAGUAGUGAGAUAAAAUUGUUAGGUUUGUCCUGAUGGUGGCGUAAGAGGUAAGGUCAUGUUGUUACCUAAAUCAAAGGGUUUAUUCUCUAUACGGUGGCCUUUUUAGGACAUCUCAGACUCAAUUUUUCGGCUUCUGGAACAUCUGGACUGGACUCAAUUGUCUUUGUCCGUCUACAGUUCAAUAAUAGAUCCUUUGCCUCCUUUUUCUUUUUCCUUCAGCGUGUGAAGGUAAAAAAAGUUGAAUAUUUGCUAUGAAGAAAGGAGUCCAGGUUAGGAAGAUACUGGAAUGUCCUAAUCAGGUUUUUUAGUAAUAAUCUCUGUCUGAAUCCAAAUGUCCCCCCUUCAGAAUUGUGAACUGAGCCUUCACUAACUUCGGUUCUAUGUAUGUUGACAUGUUCACCAUCAUCUCAUCAAGUUUGCAAGGGGGCUAGGCUGUAAGGGGAUGAAAUGUACUCAGAGACAUAAUUCAAGUUCCUCAUCCUGUAAUUAUCCUGUAAUCCCAGUAUUUUUCUGAAUGGCUCUUAGCGGUAUUGACAUCAGUUUUUUAUGCAGGAUGGAUAGGGGUAUGGAUAGCUGGUUCAAUUUCCGUUUCUUAAAUUUGAUGAAACCCAACAUUUACCUGUCUAAUUCUGAAGAUCAUAACAAACUAAUUAAAUUAUUAUGAUAAAGAUAAUGAUUAUUAUUAGUAGUAGUAGAAGCAGUACUAUUCCUUUCUUUUAUGUCAUGACCAUUUUGCUAGGAACUAUGAGUACUCUUCUGAGUGAAGUCUGCACCCCAGAAGGACUCUCUGGAAGUCUACAGAAGUCCACUUGAAGCCCCUUGCAGAAUUGAACUGUAGAUUUGGACAAACCUUGGCACUCAUGGACUUCCCAGGAGUCGUACCAUUAAGUCCAUAAGUCUUCAAGUGUGGGGAACUCAUUUUGAUUCAGCCUUUAUCUUCAUUUGCUGUUUGUACAGCUGAAUGACUGGUUCCCCCCUCGGCUGGUUGGCUGUUUUCUCUUUAGUGUUGAAGUGUGACGUGUGAAGAAGUUGGUCACUCGUAAAAUCUGGUACGAGAGGGUUUGUUUGCCGCUACUCUCGGCUCUUCUUCAGCAUGUUUGACUCAGUUUGGCGCUUUAGCUACUCGUGAUGUUCCAGUUAAUGUUCAUUAGCAUGCUGCUAAAAGAUGAUAAAAACAAAGUUUUAAAAAGUAAAGAGUUGUUUCCACAUCAAGUUAAGAGUGAGCAAAGAGUGAUUAAUGUGUGACAGUGCCAUAAUACCAUCAUCCAAACAGUAGAAAAAAUACAUCAUAUGAAACAUCAUGUUUUUUUGUUUUGGAUUUCCAAAAGAUAUUUUUUAAUCUAAAUAAAGAUGGUUACAGUAAACAGUGUAUAAAUGAAAGUGGAUAUGAUGUUGAAUAGAAAACAUAAUAUAUAUAAAAUAUUUUAUCUGUGAUUGCUCUACUGAACAGACUCAAAGAUCUGCCCGGCAACAGUGCCAACACAUCCUUCAUGGACCAGAAACCAACCGCAGAACUCUUCACCGGCUGGAGACUUUCUGAUUGGACCUAGCACCUAUCAGUCAAGCUGUAGGACUUGGCCACACCUACAGGGUCACUUGGUGCUAAUUCAAUGACUCGAGGUGUGUCUGAUACUCGUCAGAUCACACACAAAACACAAAAGAAUUUAAAUCCUGCAGGUGUCGUGAUUGAAAAGAGAAGUUCAUCUUCUCACAACAAACUCUGGAUUCAAGCUGCUGCUCUGCAGGUUUCACAAACUUCUGAAUGUUUCCUUAAAUGUUUUCUAUAGUUUCAGAGUUUCUGUGUUUUCUAGAUCUGUGAUCCUCAGUGAGAAUCCAGCAGAUGACCAGUCGCACUGUGGAUGUUUACUCAUGACAAAACUACUAAUUCACACUGGAAUCACUCUGAGACUCACCUGGUACUAACAUGUACAGAAAGUUAUAUUCCUUUAAUCUUGCACACAAGAUAUCAACUUGUGUGCAAAAGACAUUAACUUGUCCAAACCAGAUACUAACUUGUCCAAACCAGAUACUAACUUGUCCAAACCAGAUACUAACUUGUGCAAACAAAAUACUAACUUGUGCAAACAACAUAUUAACGUUUACUUACAAGAUAACUUGUGGCAACAAGAUAAUAACUUGUUAUGGAUCUUGUUCUUUCCUGUUUGCACAAGAUACUAACUUGCACAAACAAGAUACUACUGUCUGCACGCAUGACAGUAACUCAUGCACACAAGUGAUAUACACUUGUGCAAACAAUAUAGUAACUUUUGCACACAAGAUACUAACGUGUGCACAAGUUAUCCUUUGUGCAUAAGAUGAAAAGUCCAACUUUCGGCGUUUCCAUAAACAUCUGAUCUGUAUCUUGAUAUCCGAUCUAAAUCAGCCGACCUGGCAGUAGUACUCGCUACUAUACUGCGAUCUGUAUUUGGAAGUUAAAGCAGCUCUUUACUUUUCAGAUAAUUUGAGUGAUUAGUUUUGUCAUAAAUGAACUUCCACACAGGUAUUGCUCUGAGUCGAACCACAUUCCUGUUGUUCCUCUCUGGACUUUGUUCCAACACGCAGCUUCACUGAAACCCAGACCAGGUGAGUGCACAUCAGGUGUGAUCCAGGUAAUUCAGUGAUGCUGCUUCGAGGAAACAGAGCCUGAAGGAAAGGUUAUUUUAAUGUCAAAUCAGUGAUGCGGGAACACUGCCAGCAGUCUCACCUGUUCAGCAGCAGCCAGGUGAGUGUUCAGCUGAUCUGACUGUGUCACAUGACAGGACCUGUUCUACCCAAACUCCGUGUGAGCUGCAUCCUGUGGUGUUUCAAGUCUGAAAGAUUGUGUUAACAAAUUAAAGAGAUGUGUUCAAAUUCAAA